AUGAAUGACGUCACAGAGGCGCUGAAGCAGGCGGCACCUGACAGCGUCGACGUGUACUUCGACAACGUGGGCGGCGAGAUGAGCAGCGCAAUCAUCAACAGCAUGCGAGAGUACGGUCGCAUCUCCGUGUGCGGCGCGAUAUCUGGAUACAACGAAUCUAAUCUCCCGAAGGCUACCAUCAUCCAGCAUGCUGCGGUGUUCAAGCAGCUCCGCAUGGAGGGAUUCACGUACAUGCGAUGGCACGACCGCUGGGGAGAGGGCAUCGGACAGCUGAUGCAGUGGAUCAGGGAGGGGAAAAUCAAGUACCACGAGACUGUUACCGAUGGCUUCCAGAACACUCCCAAAGCCUUUGUUGGCAUGCUGCAAGGAGAGAACCUAGGGAAAGCUGUUGUUAAAGUGACCCGCAUCGUGGAGAGCCGUGCGGCGGGCUUCCCAGUGGGGCGGUACGUGGUCGGCUACUGGGGGUGGCGCGACCGCACCGUGGCCGAUGUGGGGCCUGACGCUCCCUACUUCAUGUCUCCGGCCAUGCUGGUGCCAGACCUGGGGGAGCUGCCCCUCUCCCUCUCUCUGGGGGUGCUGGGCAUGCCCGGAAUCACGGCCUACUUUGGACUGCUGGAGGUUUGCAAGCCUAAGGAGGGAGAGGUCGCCGUAGUCAGUGGGGCAGCAGGUGCUGUGGGGUCCAUAGUCGAGCAGAUAGCGCGCCUCAAGGGGUGCAAAGUAGUUGGCUUCGCGGGAUUAGACGCUAAGGUGAAGUGGCUGAAAGAGGAGUUGGGAUUCCAUCACGCAUUUAACUACAAGACGAAUGACGUCACAGAGGCGCUGAAGCAGGCGGCACCUGACGGCGUCGACGUGUACUUCGACAACGUGGGCGGUGAGCUGAGCAGCGCAGUCAUCAACAGCAUGCGAGAGUGUUGCCGCAUCUCCGUGUGCGGCUCAAUAUCUGGAUACAACGAAUCUAAUCUCCCGAAGGCUACCAUCAUCCAGCCCGCAGCCAUAUUGAAGCAGCUCCGCAUGGAGGGGUUCCUGUAUUCACGGUGGCACGACCACUGGGAAGAGGGCAUUACCCAGCUGACGCAAUGGGUCCGAGAGGGAAAAAUCAAAUACUGUGAGACUGUAACAGAAGGGUUUCAAAACACCCCCAAAGCCUUCUCCGGUAUGCUGCAGGGUGACAACUUGGGGAAGGCUGUUGUUAAAUUGUGA